AUGCCCCCACGAUCCCGUGAUGAAUUCCAAAUUGCGAUAAUCUGCGCCCUGCCUCUAGAGGCGGACGCGAUGAUAGCGUUAUUCGAUGAACGCUAUGAUGAGCUGGGUCCUAUAUAUGGCAAGCACGUGGGCGACGCCAACAUUUAUAUAACUGGAAGAAUAAAGAAUCAUGAUGUCGUGUUGGCUUACAUGCCGGGUAUGGGAAAUCGAACGUCCGCCGGCGUCGCUAGUGUCUUGCCCGUCAGUUUCACGGGAAUCAAGCUAGCCUUACUUGUCGGAAUCUGCGGUGGAGUACCGCAUGCAUCUGAUCGUAAGGAGAUCAUCCUGGGCGACGUUAUUAUCGGCGAUAGUGUGAUUGAAUACGAUUCUGGCAGACAGUACCCGGAUGGGUUCGAACGGAAAAAAGGUGUCACGGAAGCGGCGGGAUUGCCUAAUCGAGAAAUUCGGUCCUUCCUGAACUUUUUGCGAACUCUACAAAUGAGAGAUCAAGUACAAAGGCAAACCACGCAAUACCUAAAAAUGCUUCAAGAAAUGAAAGGAAAUCAGUGGAAUUAUCCAGGUGUUUUCCACGAUCGGUUAUUCGAAGCCUCUUAUCGCCACAAGCACUAUAAACAACAAUCUGUAGCAGAAUGCAUCUGUGCUGAUUGCCACUCGAGCUUCGAUCCGGUGUGUCAGCAAGCAUUGAAGAGUGACUGUGCGACGGUUGGAUGUGCAGGAGAUUUGGUUCCGCGACGCCGACUACGUUUCAACAAUCCGGCACCGAUCAUUCAUAUUGGCACGAUCGCGUCAGCGAGUUCCGUGAUGAAGUCUGGUGAGCAUCGUGAUCAACUGGCUGAAAAGGAGAGUGUGAUUGGAUUCGAGAUGGAAGGUGCUGGAGUAUGGGACAGUCUGCCCUGUGUGAUCAUCAAAGGUGUUUGUGAUUACGCAGACAGUCAUAAAAAUAAGGCAUGGCAGAACUAUGCUGCAGCAACCGCGGCAUCUUGUGCGAAAUGUAUCUUGGCAUACUGGCAGGAUGGUUCUCAGCAGCAGCCACAAACCUCAAGUCAUCCCAAGCCAUCUUCAACGGUUCCCUUUGAGAGAGACGAGAUGUUUGUUGGUCGAGAAGACAUCAUCAUGAGUAUUAGGAACGCUCUUCAAGGAAGAACGGGGCAGACUUCAAAGUGUGCCGCACUUGUUGGCUUGGGAGGCGUAGGAAAGUCUCAAAUCGCGAUUGAGUAUACAUACCGAGUUCGGGAAUCUGCACCCAACACAUCGACAUUUUGGGUUCACGCGAGUAAUGCAACGAGAUUUGAGCAAGGGUAUCGAGAUAUUGCAGCAGCAGCAAAGAUUCCUGGACACGAUGAUCCGAGAUGUAACAUCCUCGAGCUGGUUAAGAAAUGGCUAUAUGACGAGACAAAUGGCAACUGGUUGAUGAUCCUGGACAAUGCAGACGAUAUUGAUACAUUUUUUAACAUAUUCGGUGAAAAUAUGCCUUUAGUGGAUUACCUGCCUCAUGUUUCCCAUGGGUCCAUUUUAGUUACGUCCCGGAAUCAGACAGUGGCACGGAACAUAGUGGGGCCCCGCGGUCAGGUGAUACCAGUAAAGCCAAUGAGCACCAACGAAGCUAUUACCCUAUUGAAAACCCGCAUUCCGGUGGAUCAAUCAUGUGAAACGGAAGCGAAGCUCCUCGUUGACGCACUCGAAUGCAUUCCUCUGGCAAUUGCACAAGCUGGUGCAUACAUUUUGAAUCGCUCACCCCAAACGAGUUUAUCGACUUACCUGCAGCUCUUUCAACAAAGUGAGUCCAAUCAAGAGCAUCUUCUAAAUUACAACGAUGCUCAUGAUCUUCGACGAGACCGAAGCAUCCGACAUCCGGUUAUCACUACAUGGCAGAUCUCAUUUGAUCAGAUCCGCCGCAUAUGUCCAAAAGCCACAGAUCUGCUGGCAUUAAUGAGUAUGUUUGACCGACAAGGCAUUCCGACACAGUUACUCAGCGAUGGGAUGGAUCAAUUACAAUUUGAGGAUGCGAUGGCUCCAUUAAUCAGCUUUUCUCUGGUCCGUGUGGAAUUUGGCGGACAGUCAUUUGACUUACACCGUCUAGUGCAAUUAUCGGCUCGACAGUGGCUAAAGAAACAAGGCCUGCUUCAUCACUUGGCCAAAAAAAGCGUACAAGUGAUGAAAGCAAUAUUUCCCAGUGGGGAUUAUGAAACAUCGGCAUCUUGCCAAAUGCUCCUUCCACAUUUGAAAGAGACGAUUCGCUUCACUGAGCGGUUAGAUGAUGACGACCAUUUAAAUGUGUCGACUAUUACUAAUCGAUGUGGUUGGUAUCUUUACCUUAUGGGAAAAUUCGAGGAAGCGGAGGCCAUGCAUCGACGAGCACUCGUUGGCAGAGAGAAAGUGCUAGGCGCUGAACAUCCUGACACGCUGUCCAGUGUCGGUUAUCUAGGUUUAGUGCUUGAAAGUCAGGGAAAAUAUGAGGAGGCAGAGGCCAUGCAUCGACGGGCACUCGCUAGCAGAGAGAAAGUUCUAGGCGCCGAACAUCCUGACACACUAAUCAGUGUCAGUUAUCUAGGCUUGGUACUUGAAAGUCAGGGAAAAUAUGAGGAGGCAGAGGCCAUGCAUCAACGAGCACUCACUGGUAGUGAGAAAGCGCUCGGUGCGGAACAUCCUCACACGCUGACCAGUGUUAGUAAUCUAGGCUUAGUCCUUCAAAGCCAGGGAAAAUACGAGGAAGCGGAGGCCAUGCAUCAACAAGCACUCACUGGCAGAGAGAAAGUGCUUGGCGCUGAGCAUCCUGACACAUUGACCAGUGUCAGUAAUCUAGGCUUAGUCCUUCGACGUCAGGGAAAAUAUGAGGAGGCAGAGGCCAUGCAUCGACGAGCACUCACUGGUAGUGAGAAAGCGCUAGGCGCUGAACAUCCUGACACAUUGACUAGUGUCAGUAAUCUAGGCUCGGCGCUUGAAAGUCAGGGAAAAUAUGAGGAGGCAGAGGCCAUGCAUCGACAAGCACUCACUGGUAGUGAGAAAGUGCUUGGCACUGAACAUCCUGACACACUGACCAGUAUCAGUAAUCUAGGCUUAGUGCUUGAAAGUCAGGGAAAAUAUGAGGAGGCAGAGGCCAUGCAUCGACGAGCACUCACUGGUAGUGAGAAAGUGCUAGGUGCUGAACAUCCUGACACAUUGACCAGUGUCAGUAAUCUAGGCUCGGUGCUUGAAAGUCAGGGAAAAUAUGAGGAAGCAGAGGCCAUGCAUCGACGAGCGCUCGUUAGCAGAGAGAAAGUGCUUGGCACUGAACAUCCUGACACACUGACCAGUAUCAGUAAUCUAGGCUUAGUGCUUGAAAGUCAGGGAAAAUAUGAGGAGGCAGAGGCCAUGCAUCGACGAGCACUCGCUAGCACUAAGAGUGUGUAA